CUUUCUGUUGUUCAGACCAUUCGGGGACAUAAACAAAUUAAGGGGGAGGUAAUUAGAAGCGCAGCUCGCUAGAUGCCGCACAAGAAGUAUCCAUGUCCCUUACGGAGGGGGUAUGAAUAGUUAUGUUUUUGUUAUAGUUAUCAUGAACUUCUGGAUCCCAUACACUGCUGGAAGCAGCUGUAAAGAGGUGAUUCCUCAGAUGUAUUUCAACUGUAUGGACAGUAAUUUUUCUUCCCUCCCUAAGGAUCUGCCUGAGAGUCUAGUGAAAUUAGACCUUAGUUUUAACCCUCUGAGACACCUCACAUCAAAAUACUUCUCACAUGUCUACAAUCUCCAAUACCUUGACCUAACCAGGUGCAGUAUUACAGUUAUUGAUGAUCUGGCUUUCUUAGGUUUGGACAAGCUCUUUACUUUGGUUCUCACGGGUAAUCCAGUAAGUCAUUGGACUCCACUAUCCCUAUUUGGUCUCCACUCUUUACAAAGACUGAUUGUGGUGGAGACAUCUAUUUCUUCGCUCUAUGAACUCCCUGUAGAGAACCUCACCACUCUUCGUGAACUAAAUGCUGGCAGCAAUCUACUUACCUCACUGCAAAUACCAGCAUAUUUUACUUUUCUUCACAAAUUGGACCUUCAUGCCAAUAAAAUUAAGGAGAUCAAUGAAAGGGACCUAGAGGCUUUGCGAGGUGCCAAUACAUCCAAUUUCUCUCUCAUUCUGUCCAGUAACCGCAUUCGGUAUUUUACACAUACAGCCUUCAGAAAUGUCACUUUGAACAAGCUACAGAUUCAAGGCUGCUUUUCUAAUGCUACACAAAUGAAAACUGUUUUGAAGGCAUUCUCUGGCCUGAAAGUUGUAAAGUUGGAAAUUGGACACUACAGGAGGUACGAUAACACGAAGAUCAGUUUCCAAAAAGAGCUCUUGGAAGGGCUCUGUGACAUGGCUAUUGAAGAGUUGAUAAUCAAUGGAAUGUUGUUCCCUGUGCCGCCAGAUACACUUUUUAACUGUAUAAAGAAUACAGUAUCUCUUCGAGUAGUAAACACAGAUAUGGAUAUAUUUACAUUUGUCAAUGGAUCCUCUAAGCUCCAAAAACUUGAGUUGAAGAAUUCCAUGAUCAAAUUUAUUCCUUCUAUUGUCUUAUCAAAGCUACCAUCCCUACAGGAAAUUAGAAUUACCAACACCCCGAGUAUACCUAGUUUCACCUCACCUCUACCUGAACUAAAAAAGCUUGAAUUGUUGGAUCUGAGCAGAAACCAGCUAACAAUGGAAACCUGUUGCAACAAAUUCCUUGGUAGACUACCUGCUCUCCUCCAUCUCAACUUGAGCUACAAUGAACGCAUUAGCUUUAAAAGUGUCUUCCUGAAUAUGCCUCAACUUCAGUCCUUAGAUGUAAGCCAUUCAACUGUGGAUACUGUUGGCAAGUUUCCAAUAUUCAAUCUUCUAGUAAACCUAAAAUAUCUUGACCUAUCUUUUACAUAUUGCCACUAUGUAAUUGAUUGCUCUUUCUGUGGGCUUCCUAAUCUGGAAAAACUCAGUGUAUCCCGUAGCACAUUUGAAAAUUCUGUCUUGGGUUCUAUAUUUCAAAACCUUACUCAGCUGCGCUCAUUGGACUUAUCUGCUUGUAGCCUUGGCAAUCUUCCUAAAGGGACCUUCUUUGGCCUUAAACAUUUGCAAGAGUUGGAUAUGAGUAAAAACAGGCUUCUAGAUAUACAACCAUCUGUAAUCACCCAGCUCUCAAUGCUCAACAUCCUAGACCUUAGUUCAAAUCAAUUUCCUGGGAUAGCUAAAGAAACCAUAAAUGCUUUACCAAACAGUUUGUCAAAAGUAGAUCUUUCUUAUAAUCCAUUUGACUGCUCGUGUAGAGAAUCUGAGUUUAUUUUAUGGGUUCAUGAGCAGAAGGAAAAGCUUUUACACAAUAGUAACAAAAUGUUAUGUAACUCUCCAAAAAACAUAAAAGGAUUGCAACUCAGUGAAGUGGCGAGCUCAAACUGCCUAAUGCCGUUAUUUAUUGUAGCAGGUGUGCUUAGCAUAAUCUUUUUCAUCUUCAUUAUAUAUCGUUGCUACAUCAAUAAAUACCUGCCUCUUCUCCAACACUUUUUCUGUCAAAAGAUUAAACCAGAGCAAGUAUCACAAGAAGAAUAUGAUGCAUUUGUUAUAUAUUCCAGUGGAGAUGAGGAAUGGGUGAGAGGACAACUGGUUCCCAGACUAGAAGGAGGUAGUCCCCAAUUUCAGCUUUGCCUACAUUAUAGAGAUUUCCCUCCAGGUGUCCCCAUCACCACCAGCAUCACAGACAGUAUUCUGAGAAGCCGUAAAGCUAUUGUUGUCAUAUCUCCAAACUUUAUGGAGAGUCGUUGGUGCAGCCAUGAAUUUGAAAUGGUCAAGGCGUGGCAGUUCAUGGAAAAGAAAACUGGAAUCAUUGCUAUCCUGCUACAGCCAGUGAGAAAGGAUGAACUAAAAAAGGUGUUUGGACUUCAUAAGUACCUAAGUAACAACACUUACUUAGAGUGGAAAGAUCACACAGACUUUUGGAGACGUCUACGAAAAGCUUUGAGUCAGGGAAAUAAUAGUAUUGUAAAGUUCAAAGACAAUGAUUUAGACAUAGACAAUGAUAACGAUACAGAAAGACAAUAUAAUUAGACAUCAUUUUUAUAUAAAUUUAUUAUAUGGACAUUUGAAUUCUAAGAGCAUUAUCUGGUAUUGGUUUACAGCGACAGAGGGCAGAAAGGAAAUUAAAUCUAAACCGUUAUUAUUUAUCAGUUAUUUAAAAGUUCUCAUUUUGUUUAUAGAAUGACCAAAUUUCACUACAAUAUACUAUCAUUGUUUAACAUGACAGUAAA